AAUAAUACACGGUGUUUUUGUUUUUUAUUAUUUCUUAAUCGUUUGAAAGGGCCGCGAUCUGGCGUAUGUUUUUUAUUCUCUUGUACUUCGUAGGCUCGAAACUGGCUUCGAAAAACGAAACAUGUGAAGGCACGGCACAUCGGCGGAGUACUACUUUUUUUUAUUUUAUCAGUGAUCGGUGCCAUCGGUGUCAUCGGUGCCAUCGGCGCAUGAAUCGAACGACCACGCAGGAUUUUCCGGCGUUUUUUAAUAUCACCGGUUGGUAGAUCAACGCGAGGACCGUCUGUACAUCAUCGCAGCGACUAUUUUUAUUUACUUGGCACCUCUGUCGCUUUCUUUCCAGCAGUCAUUGAAUAUCGGCCAACACUCGAGGAGAAGAAUCGGAGAGCAAAAGAUGCCGAACGAAAACGGUAAAAAACGACAUCGAGCUGUCGGGGUCGAGGAAGGAGGAGGAAUCGAGCUGGAUCCGCUUCAGCAGAGGAGAACGCGAUUUCACGUGAAUCGCGUGGACAGCUUGGAGGGCCGGAGCAGCCUCCUCGGGGAUCAAGAGUUUCGUAAAUCAUUGAGAAACAUGACGAGGGAGGCUUUACCGAGACUCGACAAUUAUCGGAACAUACUGAGUAUCCAAGCGGCGCACAGACCCUCUUUGGACGAACUUCACAAUCCUACCUUACUCAACAAGGGGCCGGGAACAAAUACGCUGCUCCCGGGGACCAAUGAGAAACGAAGCACGAGCGGGGGCGUUAAAUUUGGAUGGAUUCAGGGGGUGCUGAUGCGAUGUCUCUUAAAUAUAUGGGGUGUUAUGCUCUUCCUCCGACUCUCGUGGGUCGUGGCACAGACCGGAGUCGGGGAAGCGAUAUUGCUGAUUUUAACGACGACGGUCGUCACGACGAUAACGUCGCUCUCGAUGUCGGCCAUAAGUACCAACGGACUCAUCAAAGGAGGCGGAACGUAUUACAUGAUUUCGAGAUCCCUCGGUCCGGAAUUCGGUGGAUCGAUCGGUUUGAUAUUUUCCCUGGCGAAUGCCGUUGCGUGCUCGAUGUACGUCGUUGGAUUUUGCGAGAGCAUGGUCGACUGCCUCAAGACUUACGGACUCUGUAUGGUCGACUGUGCGAGUACGGACAUCAGAAUAAUCGGUUGCAUCACGAUCGUACUGCUGCUCCUGAUCGUGAUGAUCGGGAUGGAGUGGGAGGCCAAGGCGCAAUUCGGUCUUUUGAUCGUGCUGCUGGUAGCGAUCCUCGACUUUACGGUCGGUUCGUUCGUCGGGCCGAAGAACGAUGUUGAGAGGGCCAAAGGCUACGUCGGCUACAGUGCCGCGCUUCUAAAGGAGAAUUUCCGUCCGGACUACAGAUACAGCGAGGGCGUCGAGCACAAUUUUUUUUCAGUCCUAGCGAUAUUCUUCCCGGCGGCAACCGGUAUUCUGGCAGGUGCGAAUAUAUCCGGGGACUUGAAGGAUCCCCAAUCGGCUAUACCGAAAGGAACUUUAUUGGCGAUCCUUCUGACGACCCUCUCGUAUCUUCUAAUGGCGUUCAUGAUCGGCGGUAGCGUUCUCAGAGACGCAUCGGGCAACGUGACCGAUUUGUUGAGCCACGUCGCCACCGAGAAUCUCACUUCGGGCGAGGCCCUCGAUCGGCCGUGGAGCAUUUAUGGAACGGAUUUCAAUUGUACCAAUUCUUGUCCAUACGGGAGCCACAACAGUUUUCAGGUUAUCGAGCUUGUUUCUCUCUUCGGACCGUUCAUCUACGCCGGCUGUUUUGCGGCAACGCUCUCGAGCGCUCUUGCCUCCCUCGUCUCGGCGCCAAAAGUAUUUCAAGCUCUUUGCCAGGAUCGUCUCUAUCCCGGGAUUCACUGGUUCAGCGGCCAGGAGGGAAGGGAACCUGUUCGAGGAUAUUUGUUGACGUUUGUCAUUGCCGUUGGCUUCAUUCUGAUCGGCCAAUUAAAUGCCAUCGCUCCGUUGAUCUCCAAUUUCUUUUUGGCCGCGUACACCCUCGUUAAUUUCAGUACGUUUCACGCCUCGCUUGCCAGACCGAUCGGAUGGAGGCCCACUUUCAAGUACUACAACAUGUGGCUGAGUCUCGCCGGUGCGAUUCUGUGCGUCGCCGUUAUGUUUCUCAUUUCGUGGUGGACCGCCCUGAUAACCCUCUCUGUUGUUUUGGGUCUUUAUCUCAUAGUAGCCUACAGAAAACCAGACGUUAAUUGGGGCUCGACGACGCAGGCCCAAACGUACAACAACGCGUUGACCGCGGUACAGCAAUUGGAUCGCGUUGAGGAACACGUGAAAAAUUAUCGACCCCAGUUGCUGCUCCUGAGCGGCACACCGAGCGAAAGAAUGGGUCUCGUUAAUUUCGCCUAUCGAAUAACCAAGAGGCAGAGUCUUUUGAUUUGCGGCAACAUUAUCGAGAUUCCCGUGUCUUACAAAACUCGAGCGAGCAUGACAACGAAAUCCACCGGUUGGUUCCGCAGCCACAAAAUCAAAGCCUUUUACACGCUCGCCGAUGGAGUUACUUUUCAACAGGGCGCCACCUCCUUUUUGCAGGCUUCCGGUUUGGGAAAAUUACGACCCAACAUUCUGAUGAUGGGUUACAAGAGGGACUGGGCCAUCUGUCCGAGGGAAAAUCUUAAUAUGUACUUCAACGUGAUGCACAAAGCACUUGACAUGCACAUAGCCGUGGCCAUCGUUCGCCUUGACGAGGAACAACUCCAGGAUGAGGGUGGACACCUGGGAACGGAAGAAAGGCCGGGCGAGGCCAGGGGAGGAGAGCCCAAGUCCUCGGUCGUGUCGAUAAUCCGUGGAAAUCAGAGUUUUUCUCAAUUGAGUCAGGCGAGUAGUAUUUCUGACGUCUCGAUGCCGGCGACACCUUCAUUGGGAGGACGCUCGCGUCGAACGAUCAACGAAUAUCCGGAUGCGAGCGGUUCGCCGGAGGAUUCUCGUGAACAGACAUCGAGAGAGCCGCCGCCGUCGUUCUCCAGUGCUCUGGGAGCAGCCGCCGUAACGAGAUUCGAGCGAAAACGUAAAAAGGGAACGAUCGACGUUUGGUGGCUCUACGACGAUGGUGGAUUGACGCUUUUGCUUCCUUACAUAAUAAGCACCCGAAGGAAUUGGGCGGAUGCUAAAUUACGAGUCUUCGCACUCGCCAACAAACAUUCCGAGCUCGAAUACGAGCAAAGAAACAUGGCUAGUCUUCUUUCUAAAUUCCGAAUCGAUUAUUCCGCGUUGAAAGUUAUUUCCGACGUGUCGAAACCCGCUCAGCAAUCAACGAGAGACUUCUUCGACUCCCUCAUUUCGGACUUUCGGACCAACUCGGACGCCGCACCUUCCGAAGACGAUACGAGGAUAACGGACUCUGAGCUACUCGCGAUGAACGAGAAAACAAACAGACAUCUUCGGCUGCGCGAAUUACUUCAGGAACAUUCGAUGGAAGCGAAUUUGAUCGUAAUGACCUUGCCGAUGCCGAGAAAAGGCGCGGUCUCGGCGCCCCUGUACAUGGCAUGGCUCGAGACGCUCACGAGGGACACGCCGCCCUUUUUACUAGUCCGAGGCAAUCACACGUCCGUGCUGACUUUUUACUCGUGAUUCGUCCCCGUCUUUCGGAUGUCUCCUUAUUAUGCUGAUUUCAAUGCAACGCCCUCUCGAUCGAUCAGCUCCGAGCAGAGAAUAUUUUUAUAAUAAAAAUACAAACACGAGUUA